UUUUGACCAGUUUUUGACCUGACGGACUGUUUUGAAGCAGGUUGAAGAACGGAAUGCGAGAAAGUUCAAUGUAAAUAUUUUUCCGUACAUCUUGAGCUAGUCUUUGGACCCGAAACUGAAAAUCAAAACCGGUUGAAUCGGAAUGGCCGUGACGGACAGACGACAGACGACAGACGACACAACAACAAACCAGAACCUCCAGACAAACAAACAAAUCUUUCAAGGGAACUUGCAGGAAGGUCUGGAAAUAGAGAUUCGAAAUGUACGACGGGAAUCAUCGUAAAAGUGUUACAGCCUCCUGCAUUUCGAAGAUGUACUGUUACUGUUUUUGAGUAGAAAGCUCUAGUAUAUCAUGACUGACAGUAUCGACUUCGACCAAUCGUCGGCCCAUUCAUUGAACUGUGGCAGUGAUUUUAAAGAUGUGCAUUGCAAUCAAUUGCAGAAUGUUGCCAAACUGAGUCGAAGUGACUUAGAAGAUUUGUAUUAUCAGCUACACGAUGAAAACAUUGACAUUAAAAAAAAGUUCAAUAAUCUGGAUAGCAAAUACAAAGUCAUGGCCACAAGAGUUAUGAGACUGUCCAGAGAUCACAAAUGUAUUGACUCCAUUGAUCGAGAAGAAGACCAAAGACAGUUGAAGCAGCUCAAACAAAACGAAACAGCACUUCGUUCUAAACUGACUGUAUUAAGAGGUCAACUCACCUCCCAUACGCGUUUGCAUUCAGCAGCUCUUUCCAAAGCACAAAGACCCAGAUCUCACCGAUGUAGUCGUAGUUGUCAUGCAGAACACAAUAUCUGUGGGAGGGAUGAAGAUUUUCUGUCUGACAUUGGUCACUCUGUGAAUCAGAGUCGAAGUCAAAGUCGCCACCGCAGUACAAGCCGUAGCACCAGUAACCAAAGAGAAGUAGGUGCAAGCAUUGCACAGAAGACUCAAAAUGAACUUACCAAAGCAAACACUGCCCUCCGUGAAGAAGUGGCUCACCUUCAGGAAAGGAUAAGCACUCUUCAAAAGGAAAUGGUGGCUGCAAGUGAACAGAGUCAAAAGAGAAUACUUGAGCUGGAAAGAGAACUUGGAGCUCACUUAGAACAAGAAACUGCAGAAAAUGUUGAAUUAAUCAAAGCUCGUCGAAUUAAUAAGCAGCAAGAAGGUGCCAUGAUUUCACUCCAACAAGAAUACCAAUUAGUUCAGAGAGAACUUCAGGCCUGUAAAUCAGCUCUCACCCUAGCUGCCAGAGAUCAAGAUGAAAUGUGUUCAACUCUCAUGCAAGAAAGACAAAAAAGCACAAACUUGCAGCAGGAGAUAGUGAAGCUGACUCAAGCUUGCUCUUCAAUGCGAGAAAUUCAAGAGCAAUUAAAUGAUGCCCAGAGAGAAAAUGCAGUAUUGAAGGAGCAUAGUAAUCGUCUCCUCCAACUAACUACGGGAGCUGCAGAUCCUCGAACUAGCCUCAGAGGUGACCCAAAUGAGGUGAAGCAAAACCUAAAAUCUCAGGUCAGUUUGCAUGAAGAAUCAACCAUUUCAGAAGAGAACUCUGUGAUUGAGAAAAGGCUGGAAAGCUUGAAACUGCAGCAGUCUCGUCUUCAGAAUGAGAUCAGCAAUACUCAAGCAGAAGUUGCAGACCUGCGAGGAAAAAUUCUUGAUUCCAAAGAAGAACGUAAUGCACUAAGAGAUGAGCACACCAAAGUUCAAAGUGAAUGUUUGAAGUUGCGGAUGGAACUCAGUGAUCCAAAUGAAGAGCGCAAGAAAUUGAGUCAACAGUUGAUUGAAGUACGUAGUGAAUGCAAUCGUCUCGCAGAAGAAUUAUCCAAAUCUAAAUCUGAUCUGGAACAAAAGUUACAAGAGCAACAGCAGCUGCAACAAAGAUCACAAGAAGUAAAGGCUGGUUCAGAGUUUAAAGAGAUGUCCAGCAGUACUCAUGGAAGCAACCUUCUUGCAUCUCCUAUUCUUCCUUUGUCAAAUCGGCCUGUAUUCCACACUCCCCAACUAACAGCAAGAACAAGUCAGUUCUUGACCCCGACUCACCCGCAUUCGCAUCCAAGUACCCCUCGACCUCGAGUCGGUGAUGCCUGCUUGGCAUUGUUGGAGCAAACUGCCAUACGACAACCUUCAGUUCCUUUUCCCGGAGUUUUGGGGUCUCACUGUUCUCUUCAGGAAAGAUUUCUAGAGUUGUGCAUUCCUACCAGCUCAGUGUCUUCCUCCUCUACACCGGUGCCUCCUCCAUCUGUCUUCGAGGGAGAGAGUACUACCAAGGGUCUUCCAAAUACAGCUCAAGAAAAUAAAGCCCUAGUUCCAGAAGCUUCUGUAGCCAAUGCCAGAUUAAGUCCUCAAUUUCAAGUAACUUCUGGAAACAGUGACACCCAAUGGGAGUUGGACAAAUGCAGAGAACUCCUCAGAGUUCAAUUUAAUUUGAACUCUAUCUAUAAGAAAGAGGUCGCCAGCUUGAGUAAUAUAGUUCAGAACCUAACAUCAGGAUCUCAAGAUGCCAGCAAAUAGUGCAGCCUGCAGACCUACAGCACUGCAUUUGUCCCUUCUUACUAGUCAUUAUUUAAGGAAAUUUGAACUAGUCAAACAAAGUGGCUUAGGAAAAAGUCUUCUUGUCUUGUUUCCCAGGUUUAUUUUGAAACCAAAAUAAUUGAAUUUUGAAUCAAUAAUGUGCCUUAUGUGUGGUUGUGCUUUUAUUCGAAUGUAUUCUACCCCUGUAGCUUUCAGUGCCUUACGGUUAUGCACAGAGUGGUUGUCUUUCUGAUCUUGUUCUCGUUUAAUGUAAUGUGUGAUGCACAAUUUUAUAAAACUUUUGAUAAUUCUUGGAAGAUGUUUUCUAUGUUUGUGAUUUUAAAAUAUUUAUUUACUGAGCACGUUUGUUUUGUUAUGAAAUUUCACAAGAAUAAAUGUGUUAAGAAAA